GCAGUCCGUUUUAUAUCCAGAAUUUGAUGAAUGAGGUGGAAGUACCAGAGGGUUCGGUGUUUACCUACCGGCUCUCGAAUGGAACUCAUGUAUUGGUUCACCAAUCCGUCGCGCAAGGCAAAGGAGCAGAAGAAUUAGAUUGUGAUGAAGAAGUGCCACUGUUAUUUUUGGAGGAUGGACAGAUCACUUAUAAUGGCACUGGGAUCUUGGAGACACAACUUCUGGAUCAGACAAUGGAGACCAACAGUUUUCUUCUGUCAGACAAACCCCCUGAAGUUACAAGUGUCAAGACUGAUCAGACACAAGGAAAGAGAGAUGUAGCAAUACCAGGUGGUCCACAGUUUGUAAAUGAGUUGAACAACCAGCAGAAAGUUUUGAAAGUUGAGAAAAGCCUGACAGAGGAGAAUGUGACGCUAGAAAAACUGGAAGAUUUUGUGGAACUUGUGACGUCUUAUAAAUGUCGCAUUUGCCCCUUUACAACGCCUGAGCAGCAGGAACUGUUGCAGCACUUCAGGCUUCAUCACAUGCAGAUGAAGCUAGAUGUCAAUCCAUCAACAGAACAUGUUGACCCUGGUGUUGCCAGUAGUAACCCACAACCUGUGAGUGAAAAACUUAUAUUCCUGUGUGGCCAGUGUAACAAUGGCUUUGCAAGUCUGGAGGCAUGCAAGCAACACAUGAUGCAGGAUCAUGAACUGAUUGUGUAUGAGGGUGCUGGAAUGAAGGCUGUGGAUCAUGAAGCUGCAGGUAUGUUACCACAAGAGCCAGAACAGCUGACCAAUCACGAAGCUUCCACAGGUUUUGAACGAGGUAAAGACAAGCAACUGGUACCUGCAACUGGAAAGCGGAAAGUACAAAUGCCCAGGACAUUGGAACGAGAGUAUUGGUUAACGAAGAAAGCAAAACGUUACAACUCAACUCCAAAUGAUGACAAACUGAAAUGUGGGGAGCGAGCUUGUCAGUACAAAUUCAGCACUGAAGAUGCUCUGCACAUUCAUGUUUCAUGUCAUGCAGCAGGAGGUGCUGAGAAAGCUGAUGUUGCUGCAGCACGUCGAGUAUUCGGGUGUUGUGUUUGUGGCGAGAGGUUUGAAAGAUGGUGUGGCUGUGCUCUACAUUUGUGGAAAGCACAUGCAGUGGAUGCAGGCCUGUUAAGUUGUCCAGUUUGCCAUACAUAUAAAACUGUGACAGCAGUGAAAUUGGAGAAUCACAUCAAAAUACAUGGUGAAGUGCGAGCAUACACUUGUCCAGAUUGUGGCAAAGGCUUCAAACAGUCAUCACAGUUACGUAAUCACCGUGUCAUGCACCUUGAUCGUAGAGCUGGCCCCGUACCAAGAUGGUAUGCAUCCAAGCGCUGUGAUAUAUGUUUCAAGAGCUAUGCUGAUUCCAAGUGUCUGAAGAAGCACAUACAAGCUGUUCACAGCAAGCUUCGGCCAUAUGUGUGUCAGGUGUGUGGGCAUGCAUCAGCUCGAAAGGCCAUGCUGCAGAUGCAUCUUCGUCAACAUACAGGUGAGAAGCCUUAUGGCUGUACCCUGUGUGAAUACCGGACUGGGGACCACAAUUCAUUGCGUCGGCAUACCAUGAGGCACACUGGACAGCGGCCAUACCGUUGUCCACACUGUGAUUACUCAGCAAUCCAGAGUAGUUCAUACAAGAACCACUUACGUAGUAAGCACCCAGGCAUGCAGGGACUAUUUAGCUGCACACAGUGCUCAUUCCGAACAAUCAGUCAGGAGGGGUUCCUGCAGCAUGUGUCUGAUCAUAAGAAUGGCCUCAUUUCUUCAGCGCCUCCUGAAGCUGAAAUAGAGGUUUUUCCUGGCAAUGUGGCAGCUGCACAUCUUAUCUACCGUUGCCUCAAUGCACUUUCAACAGAUGGCAGUCCACUGCAAGCUAAUUUGACAGGUAGUGCAACUUCUGAGGAUGGAACAACACAGACUAUUACCAUCCAGAUUCCAACUCAACAACAGGAAGGUGGUACAGAAGUUGAGGAUGAUGAGACAGCACCUUGCUUCCUGGCCAUUCAGGAAGAAGAGGAGGAGGGUGUGGACACGGGUGGGAUUACAAUCCCAGCUGAACCUGACCCAGAUCCUGUUGUAGUGCCUGAUGUGUCCUAGCAUCGGUUAUCGCCUUGAAUUUGACUAAAGGAAGUAACUCAGUGCAAGGUGUCCGGAGUGUGUUUGUGUAUGUGUGUCCUUUUGAUGAUCUCUUGAAAAUAGUAUUGAAUAUUGCAUGUGUGUAUGAAGGAUCAAAUCUGAAGUUCCACUUUGGAAACUGGAAUAAAGAUAUAGAGUGGAAUACGACAGUUUGCGCAACAUACCAGAUAUCAGCUUGUUACUGGUUAUGUAUACUGUUGUCAUGUUUCUUUGUUCACAUGUUAAACAGUCACCUGUUUCAUCGUCCAUUCAUAUUAGAACAGAUCUUCUUAAUGCCUUCAUUAAAUCUAGUAAUACGAGUCUAA